CGGAAAGUCAUCCAUUUCGUCAAGAGGUUGGGCGUUGGACGUUCUACUUUGAGCUCCGGCAGGCAUGUUACAACAUAUACAGCAAAAUGUUCCUCUUCCAGAGCUAAGCCACACAACAGCCACAUCCACUUUAAAUGCAGUGCCAAGUACUCGACAGUGCGCAGUAGAUACUCAUACCCACAAUGAUUUUGCUCACUUUCUCCACUGAAAAUGUUCGCAAUACCGUUAUUACCAACGAGCAAGGUCAAAUUAUUUACAAGACAGAGACUCCGUUUAAACUAGUUGGCGUCCGUACUACGACCAUUCAGAAAAUCAAGCCAAAUGACGACCAGUCUCAUAUGCAAGACCAGUUCGAUGUCUUGGGAGAGAUCGAGUGGCACAAAUUUACUUCCUCAAAGUUUCGUUAUGAUGGAACUGAAGUAGAGGCGAAGCAGUUCAUUCCGAGGAAAGGCUUAUUGGGUCGGAAGCGCGUCUUCAUAGGACCAGAUAGCCGUCCUUAUCGCUGGGACCUCAAGUUCAAAGUGGUAGUUCUCUCACGGGACGAUGCGUCUCGAACGGAGGUCGCUCGCUUUCAUAGAGCGACUCUUGGAAUUGUAGGAAGAAAACGCAAAGCUAUGCUGCAAGUAUCACCUGAAGUGGCUCAUAUGAUGGAUACCAUCAUCAUGACGUUCAUCUACGUCGAGAAACUUAGAAAGGACAAAGAAAGAGCCUCGAGAAGUGCCGCAGCCUCGGGUGGCUUGGGUGCUGGUUUAUAAUGUAUUCCUUGACGCCGUUGAUAGUGUAUUUCAGAUGUACAUAUAUUGGAAGGAUAGGUGAUGACUAGACCACCAUGCUUGUUAACAUUAAUGAGAAAAU